CCUGGAAAAGCACUAGAAAGAGGGGUGUGGCUGGCAGAGGAAGAGGAGAAAUAGUCUCGAUUUCCAGCCUCUUUGCAUAUACGAAGUAUGGGAGGGCGUGGCCAGACUAGAGGAGAAACUGGAGAAAAUCAAUGAAUCUGAACAGUCCUUCAUUUGAGGGUUUCCAGGUUGUUUGUGAAAAAAACGAGACACAGUUCUCGAAAAGAACAACCUCGUACACAAGAUGUUUCCAAGUUCAUACAGUCUGCACUUGUUGAUCACCCCUCGACCUCUGACCCCCUUGCCUCGCCCUCCAGACCGUCCAAAGACAAGCAGGAAAACGGCUAAAAAAGGGUCACAUGACUGGAACCAAUUGCUCUCUGAAGUGAAGUGGCCAGGGCUGGAUGAGGUGGAGGAGAACUUCGAAUCCUCCGAUAUUGAAUCAUACAGUGACAAUGACCUGAGAGAUGUGGCACAUUCUGACAGUGCAGACAUAGUGACUGACAGUGAUGGAGCAGCUACUGAUGGAGUGGUGGAGGGCACUGUGGACAGAGCUAACAAGUGGAGGAGGACUAUGGACCUGCUACACACAUCAACACCACGGCAGCAGAGCGACGUGGUGGCUAUGGAUUUAUCAGUGAUUUCGAGUCCAACCACACCAGUGAUGAUGAUACCCUCUCCCCACCUUAUACUCCCCCAAUUCCACUCUCCACACUCCACCCACUCACAAGCCCACCCUCCACUCAACUGAUGACGAGCUUCUCACUUCACUCCUCCCAUUUCCCCUGAGGCAAAUCUUGACCACACUCUCUGUCGGCCUAAAACUAGUGACUGGCUUAAGGGAGUCUCUCUGGAUACUGACGCUACCAGUGUGGGGGAGAGUGAUCUCAGCAGUGUCAUCAAGACACCUCUAGACUCGGCCAAGAAGAUUGGCAGUCGUCGAAGACGACGUCGGUACGUGGAGGGUCAGAGCAACUCGGGAGAGUGGUCCAGAGAGAAGGGGUUGAGGUCACCUUCUGGGAGCACAGAGUCAAGACUCUACAAGAGAGUGAUGUCGGUAGAGUGGGAGGGAGUACACUUUCGUAAGUAUAUGUAUUCUAAUACUGUAUAUAUGCUUGAUCAGACGCCGCUCUUGUAUAAAGGUGCACUCAAAUAGUAGCCUCUGUACAGCCCAUCUUCGUGCAAUAGAAGCCACUCUAAAAUAGUAGCCUGUACGUGGCAGCCAUUUUGAGGUAUCUACGGUCUAGCAGCUUGUUAGUGCUGUUCUCUCUGCAAUGUGCCAAGAGCCUCAAUCUGAGGACUGGUAGUCGAGUCAGGAUACACCCUCCAUGGUGAGAAUGUUGGGAAAUGCAUGCACUAUUUAUAUAGAUGUCUUAACGUUUUUAGUUGCUGCUCUGUUUCAUUCAAAUGUGCUUCUUCUUUAAGUAUAGGAUAUACCAAACCUAUUCUGAGGAUAUGCACCCAUAUAUCCUCCGCUACCGUGGAUACUUCGAGGUGUAGCCGAUGGGUAUGCAAUAAUGGUAGCGGAGAAUAUAUGGGGUGCAUAUCCUCCGAGUAGGUGUGGUAUAUUUAACUUAUACCACGUAACCGCAGCACUAUAAAAGGACCUAGCAACAAGAUGCAGACGGCAAAAAGAGCAAGAUCGACUAUGCCGGAUUUUACAGCCAUCAAAGAGCUAGUUGGGAAAUAGGUCGACUCCUACAGAUAGAUACUCAAGAGCCUCCUUGGUCCAAGCGUUGGCCAUUUGACGUGCCUUACUGGAGUUGCAAGCUCUUCUUGGAUAAAAUGUAUCUAAACCACGCCCAUGGACCCAUGGAAGCUUAGCUAUCUUGUUGGAGAGCAGCUUCUGUGUUUCUGCCGUCGCUUUGGAGUCUUAAUACCGGUAAGCAUGGCUCCUUUCUCUUUGUUUACUUUCUUGAACAAAUGAGAAACACCUUGAAAACUGUGCAUGCCUGGGGCAGUAUGUUAUUUUUCUAUUUAUCAUACAGCUGUUGACCAAUGAGAUCAACCAGCCCCUCUCACUAGAGACCGUUUGCGCGUGGGUGGAUUUGUUAGUAAAACUCUUUGUAAUUUAUCAAUUAACCUUUUGUACUAUAGUCACCCACGUGGUUGAUUAAACUAUUAGUGUCAAGAGAGAGAAAUCGCCAUCACAACUCUAGGCUCAUAUCAUACGAGGAGCACUGAUCUUACUGAGAUGGCAUCAAACAAGCGUCUGGAAGCAAGUAGACUUGCCAGAGCCGGUAGGUACUGAUAGAAAAACACCCACCACUCUACCACAGUACAAAAGAAGACAAAACCUGACUUUUCAACACUGGAGAGAGCUUGAGCAAGAGCAGAACAGAAGUAUAAGCCAUCACAACAAAACUAGUCACUAGUCUAGGUCACAAAUGUUGUAAGUAGCUGUGUUAUUUUAUUAAAACUGCUGUGAUUUGUGCAAUGACAUCAUUGUAAAAUAUACAAUAAUUAUACUGACUAAUUUACUAAGAUAUCUCGAUCCCCAAGAAUCUUGGGGCAACUGACGCAUGCGCAGACAGUGUAUACCAGGCCGUCUUUCUCAAUUGAGAGCGGCCUGGAAUCGAGGCUAAGGAGUACAGUGCAGUGCAGUGUUGUAGACAUGUCCAAUGCAAAAUGGCAGCUGCUGAUAUUGGUGGGCGGGUCUGGUCAAAGUUUAUGGCUUCCUGUAGAACCUAGCUACUUGGAGAAGUAGCUAGCUCUCAUACCUGACAGCUGUAACUGUUCUAACUGCAUAUUCUGAGGCAGAAGUGGCUGUGAGAGCAAGCUUGACUGUCUCCACUGAUGUUCAAAUGACUGUUUUACUAUUUUUGCUGUUUAUAAAUCAGUUGUUGACUGGUUGCCUGGUAAUUAUGGCUUAUACACAACCAAUGCCGAGGGCUACAUUGGUUGUGUAUAAGCCAUAAUUACUAGUCAACCAGUCGAUAACUAUAACUUAGUGCUCAGUGUUAUAGCUUGCCAUAUCCAAUGUGGAAGUUUCAUACCAAAUCUCAUGACUGCACUGUUUUACAUGUACAUUUUGUUUGAAUAUGAUUGCAGGCAGUGUUUGAGUCUGUCCUCCCCCUCCCAAGAGGUAGUGCUUUGUGCCUGUUUUGUCAGCCCUGGGACACACCCCUUCACUGACCAUGCCAACUUCCCCUGACCCCUGUAAGCUCAGGGGCUCUCUCUCUGUCUCCUCACACCUCACGUCACCAGUACCAGACAGCAGUGCACUCACACUCUCACCAGUCAAGUCUUUAUUACUUAUGCCGGCGAAGGACAGGCACCCCACUCCCCUGCCAACUAGUACUGCAUCAUCGGUCCAGGCCACCAAUUGCCUUCCAGAGGUUCCCACCCUACUGUUGGACGCUAUUGAGCAUGCCCAGUGCGGGAUGGUGGGAAGAGUCACAGGGAGGGUGGUGCGAGUGUAUCGGAGGAAGAGGCAACAGCUAAUCAGGACUGUACAGAAUGAUCACAAAGACAAACAACCGUCUACAGCUCAAAGGACUCUGUCAUACAGCAACAAGAUCAGAGGGUCAAAGUUCACCUGGUGCCUGCUCCUCUGUGAUGCAGCUGGGUUGUUUUCUGAGAUACAACUCCCGCAGCAGCUCGAGAGUGAAUGGUCUGGCUUAGUGGAAACAGGAGAGAGGGAGGUAGUCCAUUUCACCGACCUCAAGCUACUCAGGAGAGCCAACAACACUAGGAGUCCUGAGCUGAUCUCCUCCCUCAAGCUCUACCCACCACUGUCACCACUAGUCAGUAACUCUCAGACAACCUUCUCGGCUUUUCUCCCGUCUUUUUGUUACAUCCUCCAGGCCAGUGUCACCAGUCUUCCCCUCACAGCAUCACAAGGUAUGGGUGAGAAAUUGCCUAGCCUGAGUAGAGAGAGUCAGUCACCAACUAGACUGGAUCUACUGGGUAGAGUACUAUACUACAGCCAGGAGUACUUAAAAAAGGAAGAUUCUACUCAUCUUCAAAAACUCCAUUCUUCCAAUUUUGGUGGAUACCUCCACCUCCUCACCCCUUCAGCCCUCACACCCUCACCACCCACACAUCCAGACCCCACACUGGUGACAGUUUACCUCAAGGCGAGCUUCUCCAUUGACGGACUUGAAGACACCCUUUCCACACCCGGAGCAGAGCUGCUCCUCAGAGAUGUGUGCAGAGAUAGUAAUGGUGUGGCCGGGCUUACAAUAGAUGCGUGCACUGAUUGUCCCUCUAACCACGUCAAUGAGAUCAGCAAGGUGGUUGGUGUGGAUGAGGAAAAUGCAUACUCCUGGCCAGCUUGUGACCUCUGUGGAAAUGAGCAGUUCUCUGAUAAUAAAAGUGACAGUGAGCUUCAUUGUGAUCAAUGUGUAAGAAAAGUCCUCACGCCAGACACAUACUUACAUAUACGUUUGGCAGUGUUCCUGAAAUGUAAAGGCCUGCAAAAUGCUCGGAUUCAUGUCACGCUCCUCCAGUCUACUGUCAAGAAGAUAUUACCACUCUCAACUUCUAGUGUUGAAAAUGUGACUGAGGGUUAUGAUAUCCAUUAUGUUCUGGGAAAGUGGGUGGAGCUUCCCUCAUCUUGUAUAGACGAUGUUAUUCACAAUGCCGAUGGAACUGUACUGCUGAGGCUGACCGAAAUCGAAAUUCACUUUUAAGUAUUAUGAACUUUACCUCAACCCGUACAAUAAAGUAAAAAAAAAGAGCCUCGACAUAGCAAGCAAAAGUUGUAUUAAUUUAUUGUAUCACUUAUUAUCAUCACCAUGCAAGAGUCUCUGCAUGGGUCUCUAUUAUUAUUAAUUUUUUAUAAUCAUUGUAGCCGUUUCAUUUCUUAUACGAUCAUGAACUUAA